CGGAGCAUAAAUUUUCUUGAAGUUACUCUCAUUUAUCCAUUUGUGUCGUCCAUCUUGUAAUCCCCCCCACAUGAACCGGAAGUCCGACCGGGACGAUUGAUCAUUUUUUUUUUUUUACAUGCCAGUCUGCUGCUGGCAACUGGCAGAAGCAGAGUGGAGGAGGAGGGAGUUUUUUGUGGCCGCAGUUUUUGCUUAGAUUUUUGCAGGAUAACCCGUCAACGCCCACCUAAGCCCAAAUGGCCACUCCUUCGAUUCUGAGUUUUAGAGCGACCACGUCUCACUUUCUUCUUCCCCCGCCUCCCUUCUCGUUCUCUCUCGGAAAACCACAAUCACCAUCAUCGUCCUCGUUGUCUACGUCCCUCAACUCCAUCAGGAUGAUGCAGCAGGGCAAUGAGAUUACAGAGGAGGCCGCGGGGAAGGCCGACGCCAAUGCGGGCCCGACAAAGAAAGUCUUCGUCGCCGGCGCGACGGGAAGCACUGGCAAGAGAAUCGUCGACCGGCUGCUCGCCAAGGGUUUCGCUGUCAAGGCCGGGGUCCGCGACAUCGACGGGGCGAGAGCGGCCUUCCCCCAGAACAACCCAGCUCUUCAAAUUGUGAAAGCUGAUGUGACGGAAGGGUCCGAGAAGCUGGCUGAAGCAAUUGGCGGUGACUCCGAGGCUGUGAUUUGUGCCACCGGGUUUAGGCCAGGGUGGGAUUUGUUUGCUCCUUGGAAGGUUGAUAAUUUUGGCACUGUCAAUCUUGUUGAAGCUUGCCGCAAACGUGGAGUGAACAGAUUCAUCCUAAUUAGUUCUAUCUUAGUAAACGGAGCUGCUAUGGGGCAGUUACUUAAUCCCGCUUACAUCUUCCUAAAUGUUUUUGGUCUCACCUUAGUUGCCAAGCUUCAGGCAGAGCAACAUAUCAGGAGAUCCGGAAUAAACUACACCAUAGUAAGGCCUGGUGGUUUGCGUAAUGAACCUCCCAAGGGUAAUAUCGUCAUGGAGCCUGAGGAUACUCUGUAUGAAGGCUCUAUUUCCAGAGACCAAGUUGCAGAAGUUGCUGUUGAGGCCUUAAACCUUCCGGAAUCCUCUUACAAAGUUGUCGAGAUAGUCGCCCGCGAAGAUGCUCCAAAGCGUUCGUUUGAAGAACUGUUUGGUUCCAUUAAGCAGCAGUGAAAUAUUAAAUUUCGCGAUACGGAAUUUUUCUCAGGCAUUAUUCACUUUAGUUUCGCUAUGUACAUGCGACGCCACAUGUUGUACAUUGCUUACAAAGAGCAGAAACAUGUCGUUAUCCUUUGACGAGCAAAUACUUUAAUGAUGUACUUAAGUAUUCUAUGCA